AUGUCAGAUAUAUAUUCUAAUAUAAAUUCCCAGCUUCAUUCCAAUUAGAAUUUAUCCCUAUAUGCAAGACACUAAAAAGAAGCAAGAAUAGAGCAAUCAAAACUUACACCUGAAGAAUAGAAAGAAAAAUUACUUCAAGUUUAUAAUAACCGACCACCUGUAUUUUCAGAUGAAGUUAAAGUACCACCAAAACAAAUCACAGCUACUCAAGGAUCAUAAAGAUAAAAACUUUAAAUGGGAAUUAUAAAUCCAAUUCAUUAAUUUGAAGAUCCUAGAAUCAUAAAAAAUGAAGCCAAACAAAAAGAAUAGGAAUGGUAUGCUUAAAGGAUGAAAUAAAAGUAGAGACCUAAACCAGAAGAUCCAUUAAUUGAACCUCAAGCAGAUUUAGUAUUAUAAGCAAAUAAAAUUGAUUUAAAGUAUGGAAAAUUUUUUAAAUUAGACCUCCUCCCAUGUUAGAAAAGGAGAAACCAUUAAUGUAAGAUCAUCUAGCUAAUCCUUAUAUAUAUAUAAAGAAGAUUUUUAAAAAGAAUUCCGUUGAAUCUUAAAUGAAACAUCCAGAUAUAUGGGAUAAGAGUACUCAUGUUGAAUCUUUGAGAAUUAAUAAAGUUAUGAAAUAAGAAGGCAAGAAAAGACCUUAAUCAGCUAAAGUUAUUUAAUAAUAACAAUAAAUUUAACCUUAAGAUAAAUAAAAAGAAAAAUUGAAUAAAAAAGAAAGAGAAGAAUUUUAUUUGAAAAAUCUAGUAAAUAUGUACAAUAUUUUAUUAGAAAAUGAAAGAAUUUUUAUUUAAAUUUUUUAAGACAAUGAAUCAUUUGCUAAAAGCUAGGAAAUAUAAUAAAAUAAUUUAUAAAGGGGAUCAAUAGAAUUAUGAUUUAAAUACUUUAUUCAGUUUAUGGGCAGAACAUAAAAAGUUUAAUUUUAAAUCUAAUCCUGAGAAAUAUAGUAAAAUUGAUUAUAAUUAUAAAUUUUAGUAACCAAAGAAUAGUUUGUAGACUUUUUAUUGUUAAUUGGGCUUGAUCCAGAUCGAUCUAAUGAGGCUGAAAGAUUUUUUGAUUAUUGUCAUGAUGAUGUUGUAAAAGCUCCGGGGAUAACUCAAUAGGAAUUAAAUACUUAAGCUUAAUAAGAUUCUAAAUGGUUUAGAUUAUUUAAAGAUUGA